GGAAGCACUCUAAGUGCAAAGAAUGUCCCCAUUAUUUGCUCGCCCCUCUGCAGCUAUUGAAUGUUACUUGACUAAGGUGAAGUGUCGAAGGGGCUGAGUUCUGAUACCUCCAGUAGCCAGGUCGUUCCACGGAGUUUCCCAUCAAAACUCAGCUUCACUUUUUAUUGGCAGCGCCCGUUUGUUCUCUUGUUAAAUGCUUCAGCUGUGCAAGCUCACUGACUCAUUGCUGAUGAGUAACUCCCGAUCGGCCUGCGAUGACGAACUGCUCUCGAGAGAGGGGGUGACUUUUUGCAUCAAUGUGUCAAAGCAGCAGCCCUUCCCAGGGCUGAAGAUAAGCAUCAUGCGGGUCCCGGUCUUCGACGACCCGGCUGAGAAUCUCUACAAGUACUUUGACAGGUGCGCCGACGCUAUCGAGGAUACCGGGAGCGCAGGCGGCAGGACCCUGGUGUACUGCAAGAACGGCCGCAGCAGGUCAGCGGCCAUCUGCACUGCCUACCUCAUGAAGCACAGGCACCUCUCCCUCCAGGAAGCGUUCGAGCAUGUGAAGUCAGCCAGGCCAGUGGUGGAGCCCAAUGAGGGUUUCUGGGUCCAACUUCAAAGAUAUGAAGGCGAACUUCAAUCCAGGCAGAUUGGAGCUAAUUCUUCGAGCAGUGGAUGAAUGUAUCAUGAAGCACACCAGACUUGCACUGAGCUGUUCCCUUGAGACUUGCUUUACUGAUAUUAUAGAGAAUCUAUAUUGAAUGUCACUGCUACUGUAGGUUGGCCAGCUAUUUUGCCUUAUUUUGUCACGAGUUCGCUGUUUCAAGGAGGAUUUCAUAGCAAUUUCAUCUGGCCACAGAAUAUUAUGACACUGCAGUUCUAUAAUCCUUUGUGGUGAGUUUCUGCAGAUCCUGUGCCAUUACAGAGCUAUAGUAACACAAUACUUUCAGGGUGGAAAGCUUGCAUAUGUACAGUUCUCAAGAAUAUUGACCUAUGGCCCCUCCAACAUUACAAACUACUGCUCACCUUCGAUCUCCCUUUCCUCUCCAAAGCCCUUGAAUGUGUUGUCACCUCCCAAAUCCAUACAGAUCUUUCCCAGAACAUCAUUUAGAAUCCUUUCAAUUAUGGUUUCAGUCUUGCCACAAAACCACAAUAUGGAAACAGCUCCUAUCAAGGUCCCAUGUAACAUCCUACAUGACUGUGAAAAAGGUAAACUAUCCCUCCUCAUCCUUCUCGACCUGUCUCAACCAGGUAGAGACAUUCUCCCCUAGUGCCUCUCCAGGUGGGUGGGACUGCUCUCACCUGGUUCCAUUCUUAUCUAUUUAUUCAUAGCAAUGGCUUCUCUUCCUGCUCCUGCACUGUUACCUUUGGCAUCCCCCAAGGAUCUAUCCUUGGCCACCCUCCUACUUCCCCAUCUACAUGUUGCCCUUUGGCGACAUCACCUGAAAACACACCAGCUUCCACAUGUAUGCUGACAACACCGUCACUCAGAUUGACUCUUUCCACCUCCCUAACAUCCCUGGACUCUGCCUCUGCCUCAGCUCAUCUUUUUCUGAAAUCCUCACCCAUGUCUUUAUUACCUCUAAACUUGACGAUUCCAAUACAAUCUUGUUCAGCCUCCCACAUUCUACUCGCCAUAAACUUGCGGUCAUUCCAAACUCCGCUGCCUGUGUCCUAACUCACACCAAGUCUGUUUCACCCAUCACCUCUGUGCUCACUGACUUACAUUGGCUCCCAGUUAAGCCAUGCCUCAAUUUAAAAAUCCUCAUCCUUGCUUUCAAAUUCCUACAUGGUCUUGCCCCUCCCUAUCUCUGUAAUCUCCUCCAGCUCCCCAACCCUCUGAGGUAUCUACACACCUCCAAUUCUGUCUUCUUAUGCAUCCCUAAUUUUAAUUGCUCUACCAUUGGUGAGUAUGCCUUCAGCUACCUAGGCCCUAAGCUCUGGAAUUCCCUCCCUGCACCUUUCCAUCUCCACCUCAUUUUUCUUCUUCAAGGCCUCUUUGACCAAGCUUUUGAUCAUCUGACCUAAUAUCUCUCUAUGUGGCUCGAUGUGAAAUUUUGUUUUAUAAUGACCCUGCAAAGAGCCUUGGGAUAUUUUAUGACUUUAAAGGUGAUCUACAAAUACAAGUUGUUGUUGAUGUUGUUGGAGAAGUGAUGCAAUGUAUUUUUUUGUCACUAGUGUGCCAUUCAUUUUCCCCUUUCUAAAACAAAGAUUAUCUUAGCAACUAGUUGUCAUGUCCUAUUAAUCACUAAGUAAAACUCAGGUGACAACCACAUGCCAGUCCUAUCUUCCAGUUCCUAUCUGUCUUUUCUCUUUCUGCCUUUCUCAUCUCUUUCUAUUUGAUUCUUCAUAUAAUGGUGGUAAUGCACUGAACUCUCCUCUCCGAUGUUCCAAAUACACAGUAUUACACACAUUUCCUCAUCCCUGUGUUGAAUCAAGAAUCAUGCUCUUUUCCCUUCCUGAAACAUUUUUUUUUGUGGGACUCAAAAACAAUUUAAACUUCUUACCUCUUCCACUACAAGUAAAAUCCCAAUGAUAAAAUCCCAGGGAUCCGCCCACAAAUUUUUAAGUGGAGCUUCCUGAUAGAUGAGGAGGCCCCAUUCCACAUUAAUGCUAUUCUAAGUAAUGUGAUAUGCCUAUAAAUGCAAUCUAUGUCAAAAACAACAGCUUCAAAUGCCAAAUGAAAACAUAGUAAAGUAGUGAAUGUGUGAAAAA